AUGCGAACACAUACCAAUGAGAAGCCUUAUCAUUGUGUGCAGUGUGAGAAGAGUUUCACCCGGUCAUGUAAUCUCAAACUGCAUAUGCGAACACAUACCAAUGAGAAGCCUUAUCAUUGUCAGCAAUGUCAGAAGAGUUUCACCCAGUCAUGUACUCUCAAACGGCAUAUGAAAACACAUACCAAUGAGAAGCUUUAUCAUUGUGUGCAGUGUGAGAAGAGUUUCACCCGGUCAAGUCAUCUCAAACAGCAUAUGCGAACACAUUCCAAUGAGAAGCCUUAUCACUGUGAGCAAUGUGAGAAGAGUUUCACUCAGUCAAGUACUCUCAAACAGCAUAUGCGAACAAAUACCAAUGGAAAGCCUUCAUCAUUGUCAGCAAUAGAGGAGAAAUAUACAUAUAGAUGGGAAACAAUGAAUGAUAAAAAACAGUUAACUGUUACGUGUAACGGAUAUGAUGAGCAUUUAAGCGACGAGGAGCAGAAACAAUUGUUUAUUGUGCAUGCUGUUUUCAUUGUUGAGAAGAAGAGUCAUGAUGCUGUGAAAGAAUUCAGAUUAUACAGCCAUGGCUGA